AUGUUUUCUUCUCAACCUAAAUCAAUUGUUAAGAAAAAGUCACCUUUAGUCACGCCUUUGUCUUGUAUUAGUAAUAAGGAAUUAACGUAUAAAUUUCACUCACCUAUCAAAAAUAUUGUAUUCUCUUCAACUAAUAUUCUUUAUGUCACUGAAACAGAUGACCUUUAUAUCUCUGGUCAUGUUUUUGAUCCUACAUCAAGAGGAAAAGUCUCUCUUUUCUCACAGUCAGUUACAGACAAUGCAAAACCUGAUGACAUCAUUAAAACACCACAAAAAAUAGAAGGAGUUCCUAAACCAAUUGAUAAGGUAUCAAUGGGAAGUUAUUUUUGUGUUGUGUUAAGUAAAGGGAAACUGUAUUCAUGGGGUGCAUAUGAAGGUGGACAAUUGGGUAUUCAAGAUGUUUUUAAUCCAUCUAAGCCAGAGUUAGUUCCACAAAUAAAUGAUAUAAAGGACAUUUGUUGUGGAGGGUAUCAUACAUUAGCAUUAAACAUAUGGGGAGAAGUAUUUUCAUGGGGCAAAAAUGAAUUUGGACAAUUAGGAAGAAUAAACACGUCGAAAAAAGAAAUUCCAUCACAAAUACCAUCAUUAAGAAACUACGUUGUUUCAAGGAUAUUUUGUGGAGGAUUUUGUAGUGCAUGUAUUACAGAUCAAGGGAUGGGGUAUAUUUGGGGUAAACAUCUUAAAAUGAAAGAACUUAAAAGAAUUCCUACACAACUUAAUCUUAAAGGAAGGUCAUCCUCUUUUCCUUUUAUUAUUUCUAUUGAAUUAGCAUGUAAUGAUAUUUUUAUUGUAUUACAUGAUGGUAGAUUAUAUAGGUUUAUUGAUUUUGAUCAAUUUGAAGAACAACCAAUGCUUUCUAUUAUUGGAGUUACAAGAAUAGUCGGUGAAGAUGAUAGGGCAAUUGUUGAAUGCGAUAACGAAAAUGUUUAUAAGGUUCUUUUAAAAAACGAUGCUUCAUCUGUAAAUGUCUUAAUGAAAUCAGAUGAGCUUGGACAAAAUUCUAAUAUUCAUUCUAUAUUAAUAUAUGGACCAACUACGUUAAUAUUAUAUGAACAAAAUCCACAAUAUAUAUCUGCAAAGAAAAUAGUGUUUUGUAUGAAAAAGUUUUUAAGACAAUUAGAAGGAAUAAUAAAUAUUUACCUAGAUCCAUUUGCAAACUUUGUUCAGUUGAUAGAUUCUAAACCUAUUAUUAAAACACCUCAUAUUGGAUUAAGAAAAACACAACCAAGAUUCUCUGGUUUAGUGGCUCAACCUCAACAAUCUACUUUAAUGACAAAUCUAAAAGAAGAUGAGAAUUUUAUUGUAUCACCUGAAGAUAUUCAAAAAAUAUUUUAUGGAAUAAAACCAUUAGCGUAUUCAUUACCAAUUAUUCUUAACGGAUUCCUUAAAAAGUUAAAUCAAUGGAAUUCAGAGAGUAGUUUAUGUGAUGUUAUUCGCUCUUUUCUUAGUUUAAAUAUUACAAGACAAUUCAUUAAUAUUUCUAAUAAUAUAGCUGAAAGUUUAACAACACUACAAAUGAUUAAAAAGAAGUCAAGUGAUGUCCAACAAUUUUUAAAGAAACAAGAACAAUCUUUUAAUCAAUUUGAAUUUGAUGUAAUUUUUGAUAAAAAAAAUGAUCUUCCUUCAUUAUUACUAUUACCUAUUAAAUUUCUUCCUCAAUUUUAUUCAUUAAUAAAAGAAUAUCAUAAAUCUUUACCACCAAUUCACCCUGAUUUCCUUGGUAUUAAACAGUUAUUUAAACAAAUGGAUAAAUUAUUAUCAAGAAUUAAUGACUCUUUUCAUUUUGAUAAUAUUUUUGAUAUUGUUAAAUGUUUUCCUGAUGAAAAUGGAUCUGUUUCUAUUACUUCAGGUACUACAACAGAAUUAAUAAAUCGAUUAUACAAUAUGAAUUUAAAUGAUCCAGAAUAUGUUGAUAUGUUCUUAAUGAUACAUAAAAAAUUUAUUUCAACUGAAACAGUCAUUUUUCAACUAGUUAAUGUUUUUAAUGAUUCUCAUACCACAGAAGAAACAAAGUCAAGUAUUCUUUCAGUGUUUAUUCAAUGGACAAAAAGUUUUUUUGGUGAUUUUGAAAAAAAGCCAGAACUUAUUAAAAAGAUUAAGACAAUUAUUUCGUCACAACCAGAAUCAAAAAAGAAUCAUCUUUUAAUUUUAAGUAUAAAUAGUAUUGGAAUUUCCUUAGCUAUGAGAGCUAGAACAAGAGUUCAUCUUCCUAUCCAAUCUACAAUAACACUACCAUACCAAUAUUUCUUAACUGAGUCAAAUACUAUUGUUCUUGCAGAAACAUUAAAUUCAUUUAAUUUAGUGUUAUUUUCAAGAGUUACGUAUGAAGAAUUGAUUGUAAUGAAUUACAGUAAACCAGAAAAUAAACCAUUAACUCCAAAUAUUCAAAAUAUGAUCGAACGAUUUAACUGGAUUGGAGAUACUAUCGUUAAUUGUUUUAAUGAAUGUCCUAAAGGAGACAAAGUUCAAUUUAUUCAAGGACUCAUAUUAUUUAUGAGAAGGUUACAACAAUUAAAAGAUAUUCAUUUCUUAGUCUCAGUAGUUUACACGCUUCCUAGACUUGAUUUAGAUUCUAUUAAGAGUAAAAAAAUCAGUGAAGAAGAUAAAAAUUAUUUAAAUGAGAUAGAAGAAUUGUGUACAUUUAAACAAAAUUAUAAAUAUCUUAGAGCUUAUUUAAGCCAAUUGGAAACACCUUAUAUCCCUUUUAUAGGAAUUUUAAGUAAAGAUUUAAUGCUUAUUGAUGAAGGAAAUCCAGAUAAAUUAGGUGAUGGAACAAUUAAUUUAUAUAAAUGGAGAAAAGUGUAUGAAUUAACUCAACAAUUCCUCGAUGCAAGACCAAUUAACCCAUGUAUUUCUUCUUCUAAUGAACAAUUACAGAUACUUAUCCAGAAGAUAUAUUCUUUUAAAUAG